AAUAAUAAUAAUAAUAAUAAUAAAUAGCAAAAUAAACACUUUUAGCUCUUUUUUUUCUUUUAGAACAGUUACUGCAUUCAAUGCUUUGUGAUUAAUAGUUAUUUCUAAUAACAAUUAUUAUUUUGUUUGUUUGUUUGUAACAAUGGAACAUGUAAAUACUGAUCGAAUUCAUGACAAUGAAUUGAAAAUGACAACUACAAAAUCUAUCCAUAAUAUUACUACUUCAAUAGGAGGAGGUAUCAGUGAGACAACAGAAUAUCAUAUCAUUACUGAUACCUACUGGACUGAGAAAGAACAAAGGGCUACAGUUAUUAUAGCCGUAGCGUUAGUAGCAAUUAUCACAAUUUGUGUGAUUUUAAUUAUUCUACGAACAUUGAGAAAGAAAUCGAAUAAAACAUCCCGCGGAGUAGAAGAGAGAGGAAAUUAUUCGUGUAUGUCCAAUGAUAACCAUAGCGAACCUAAGUGGAUUAUGCAGCAACAAUUAACAGUAGGCCAUACAUCUGAUAGGAUAAGGAAAGUCCCGACAAGAAACCCCGAAAACAAGAAAUGGUACGAUUCAGCAGCAAUUCCUUUUAUGGAUGAUGUCUCUUCAUCGACGGACAACCUGCACACAGAUCAACUUAAGAAUCAACAAAUAUGAUUAGAUGUAUAUAGCUUCAGUAUGUAAAGAUAAUCACUAAUAAGUUAAUGUGUAAUUAUUGAGUCUUUUUUUAUUAAGAUCAGCGAUCAAACGUUUUUGUUAGAUAUUACCCCCAAAUGCCUUGGUAUGACCGAGUGGGGUGGGCCCGCCCGCCCUCUCGAAAUGCUCUCACAUGA